AAAAUAUGCUUUUCUGCCCGAAAAAACUGUUACAAAACUGUACUUGGGUGUAUUUCAAUCAUCUCUCGCGUUCUCUCUCCCAUGCUCUCUUGCCUUUUCAAAUCCAAACUCAAAAAAAUCUGUGCUCGUUUUUUCAGGAGUUCGAUCGAUUUUCUUUGGACCACUUGAAAUACCAUUUUACUCAAGUUUUUACUGUUUGCGUCGAUUUUAAGGGUGUGAUUUCUGGUUUGAGGUGGUGGGAGGUUGAAGACGAAGGACGUACUGGGUUUUUCGAAUCUUUUGAAAAAUGAAGAAAAUGAUAGCUCUUGGUUUUGAGGGUUCAGCUAACAAGAUUGGUGUUGGGGUUGUGACCUUAGAUGGGGAUAUUUUAUCAAACCCACGCCACACUUACAUUACACCUCCUGGGCAUGGCUUCCUUCCUCGCGAAACUGCACAUCACCAUCUUCAGCACAUUCUUCCAUUGGUUAAGUCUGCUCUGGAAACUGCCAAAAUUACGCCAGAGGAUAUUGACUGCCUCUGUUACACUAAAGGGCCUGGCAUGGGAGCUCCACUACAGGUUUCUGCUGUUGCUGUGAGGGUUCUUUCUCAGAUUUGGAAUAAGCCUGUUGUUGCUGUUAACCACUGUGUUGCUCAUAUUGAAAUGGGGAGGAUUGUGACUGGUGCUGAUGAUCCUGUUGUCUUGUAUGUUAGUGGUGGGAAUACUCAGGUGAUUGCUUACAGUGAAGGAAGGUAUAGAAUCUUUGGGGAAACUAUUGAUAUUGCGGUCGGAAACUGCUUGGACAGGUUUGCAAGGGUCCUAACAUUAUCUAAUGAUCCAAGUCCUGGAUACAAUAUUGAACAGCUUGCAAAGAAGGGAGAAAAGUUUAUCGAACUUCCAUAUGUUGUGAAAGGGAUGGACGUAUCAUUCAGUGGGAUAUUAAGCUAUAUUGAAGCCACUGCUGAGGAGAAGCUAAAAUGUAAUGAGUGUACUCCUGCUGACUUGUGCUACUCUCUACAGGAAACAUUAUUUGCUAUGCUUGUGGAAAUCACAGAACGAGCCAUGGCUCACUGCGACAAGAAAGAUGUUCUUAUAGUGGGUGGCGUAGGUUGUAACGAGCGCUUGCAAGAGAUGAUGAGAAUAAUGUGCUCUGAGCGAGGUGGGAGGUUAUUUGCAACUGAUGAUCGUUAUUGUAUCGAUAACGGGGCAAUGAUCGCGUAUACUGGUCUUCUUUCUUGGGCACAUGGCAUAUCAACACCAUUGGAGGAAGUAACAUUCACCCAGCGGUUUCGAACCGAUGAAGUACAUGCAAUCUGGAGAGAAGAAAAAAGAUUUGACUGAUGGAAAUGAACUCAUGAAAGGAGACGUCUAAACCAUAGGGUGCGUCUUUUAUCUUCCUUAAGAGUUAGAGUUAGAGUUGAUAUGGCAAUUAGGGGUUUUGUAAGCCUAGUGUAACUGAAAUAAUUGUAAUUGGAUUUUCCAUGGCUCUUUAGGUGUCGCCUGAAUUUUUAUAGUUUAGCAUCACUGAAAACUUGGGCAGAUGUUCUUUAGGAUUCAACUUGUAAAUGGUAUUUAUUUACAGGUUGGACAUAAAAUAGAACACAGGAAAUGAGAGAAACUCUGAAGGUAAAGAUCUGUGCUAUGGUUGAUGAAAGGCUGAAGAACUUCAGCCUUUGCACCUUAUUUUUGGGCAUCUUGUGUACUUUUAUUGUAAUUUAGAAACAUUGUUCUUAAAACAAA